AGCUAUUCGGUCUUUUUAUUCCUUCUACAACUAAUUCUUUAUUCUUCAACAUAUCUAUCACUUGCCAAGUCCGAGACUCUACCAACAGACCGCUAAAGGGAGUUUAUGCUACUCUUAAACUCGUCGAACCGCUACAUCCAACCGAUAUAUAUUCCGGCCAGACCGAUGAUAAUAGUGACAUCAGAGACUGGCGUCUAAUGAAAGACGGAGACGACGAAAACAAACAAGGAACCCCCAUCUGGGGGGUGCCAGGGAGCACUUGGCACAUUGUUGUCUGUGUGGAAUCCCAUAAAUUGCUUGGCAACACUUAUCCUAUCAACAAACCCCACCCGAACUUCUCGGUCACGGCUUCAGCAUAUCACAACGUUAACCUCCGCGUAUCUAGCGUGGCAUACAAAAUACGCCACGGGCACGGGAUUGUGGAGAGGCGAUCUCCUACACCUUAUCCUACUCCGGAAUAUCCUCAGCCCCCAACCUCGCACAUGGCAGACAAACCGUGGCAUCCCUUACCGGAGAGGCUACCUACUAUAUGGAACGAUGGGCGCGUGAAUUUUCUCGGAAGGCACCGGAGCGGGAGUUCUCCCCGGCCGAAAUACAGUCAUUCCUACUGGAUCAUAGAUGCUCAGCUCGUGUGGCGGUGGAGAAGGCGCAGCAGUGGAUGGGCAGAACGAGGGCAGGGAGGGAGAAGAUGAAGAGGGCGGAUUCUUUCGUUACGGUGUCAGACUAGACUUGAGAUCUGCUCGGGAGUCGAGUCCUAGCUCUGCCGGAUUUGGAUCGGUUUCUUGGUUUUCUCGGAGAGGUUGGCCAAUCAGAGACACUACUGGUUGCUAAGGAGGCUCGUUUUGUUUACUCAUCUCUCAUUUACGAACUUCGAAAGAUUGGCAGUUAGGCCCUCUGAAUCGGCCAUGCUAAACCUCGGUUCAUCAUUUGUC